AUGACUGGGAAGACCCAGACCAGCAACGUGACCAACAAGAAUGACCCGCGCUCACUCAACUCCCGCGUCUUCAUCGGCAACCUCAACACGGCCGUGGUAACCAAGGGCGACAUCGAGACCAUCUUUGCCAAAUACGGCAAGAUUGUGGGCUGCUCGGUCCACAAGGGCUUCGCCUUCGUUCAGUACGUCAGCGAGAGGAACGCCAGGGCGGCCGUGGCCCGAGAGAACACCAGGGUCAUCGCCGGACAGUCACUAGAUAUCAACAUGGCAGGAGAGCCAAAACCAUACAGGCCUAAGAUGGGCUCCAAGAGGCCUUUGUCGUCCCUCUACAGUGGCUAUGAGUUUGACUAUGACUACUACAGAGACGAUUUCUACAGCAGACUCUUUGAGUACCACGGUCGCGUCGUGCCCCCGACCCGUGCUGUGAUCCCCAUCAAACGUUCGCGGCUAGUCGUCCCGUCCACACGCAGAGCCAAAUCCUCCUUUCCUGUCGGGGCCUGUUCCUCCUCCUCCUCCUCCUCUUCCUCCUCCCGAGCGCUCAAUACAGACCAGCUCCUAACAAUCAAGAAGGAGCUGUCACAGAUCAAGACCAAGAUCGACUCACUGCUUGGAAGGCUGGAGAGGAUUGAGAGGCAACAUCGCUCUGACGGAGACAUGCAGAGGAAACAAGAGGAGAUGUGUGAGCGUCUCCAUGGUGAUGCAGCAGACCACUCGGGUGGAGAGGAGGCGGAGGGGACCGCCGAGGUUGAAGCAGGAGAAAUGACGGACGGCUGUGAAGAUGACUUUGAAGACGAAGGCACCAGCGACAUGAUAGAGAACCACAUAUCGGACAUUGACAACUGAGUAAGUUGGGGGAAAAGGGAGCCAACAGUACAAGAAGAGGGGAUAACGGAUGCCAGCAAAACCUUCUUGAUCAAGAAGGUGUAUUUUAAAUUUAAGUAAAGCGAUGACGGUAGUGACUGAAAGCAGAGAAGAGUUUUUCAAACUUGCUUUUUUGCUUGUUUGCUUCAUUAAAACAUGGCACUCCUGAUGUGUACUUCAUCUAAAUGCUGUUUAUUAAUAUUCUCCAGAUGACUGCAAGAUCACCUGCAAAGAGCAAUCUAUAAAUCCCUUUCUGGAAAGUAAGGACAAUAUAUUGUGUUGCUAAUAUAUUAUGGUCUGUAUUGUGCAUACAAAUACAGUUACGUUAUCAAUCAGAUGAACCAUGAAAUGCACUCUUUUGUUGUAAUGUUUGUUCUGUUUCUGUGCAUUAAAAACUGAUGGCAGAGAGAAAUCCUGAUAAGUAUGUGAUUUUGCUUUAUUUGUACAUUUAACUGAAAUGUAAUUUAUUCAUAAUGUCUCAACACAGUGUUGUAUGCAUAUCAUGUUUGUCAUUUGUAAUACAUAAGAUGCAUUUUGAAUUAUGUUUACUUUCUGUUUAUGGUUGACAAAAAAGUUACAGCAUGUUAAAAAAUUAUUAUUAUUAUGGAUCAUUUGUAUUCAUUGUGUCUGUUGUACAGUUAUGGAUUAUAGCAUUUUUGGAAA